UCGAACGAAAAAGAAAGACAUCGGCGUGAGCAGCAUGAGAACUUUGGCACGCUGUAAAUUCGAACUCGGCAUGCUGUUUUGGCCAGUAUCUGGUAAUGAUAGCAUACAAGGACGAGCCUUCUGACAUGCGUUUUGCAUUUGCGAAAAAUGACAAGGAGGACAACAAUAAGAGGAAGCAGCAGCGGCGGUGGAAGUGCGACGGCAACGACAGUAACGACGACGACUACGGCAGUAAAUACGACGAGGACGAGGCGGGCAACGUCGACUCCGGCUUCCUGUCGGGUGGCAAUCUACAGCUUAGCGGUGAGAUCAGCUCGGGGCUGUUGCUGCAAUCACAGGAGGAGGAACGGCGGGGGGCGGGGGAAGAGGGAGAGCGGGGGAGGCAGGUAGUUGCCGCCGCCGAGGCGACGACACCGGCCUCAGCGUCACCGUCACCGUCGGCAGUGGCGAUCGCCGACGAGGAGCCAAUGAGGGCGAUCGACAGCGGCGUGGACCUCGACCUCACCGAGACCCUGAGCCAGCUCAGCCUGAAGCAGGUUAGCCUGAACCCGCUCGCCGCCAAGGGCAGUAAGCUGAUUCAGGUCGAGUCGACGGUACCAGAACUGUUGCCCGUCAGUUUGACGCGGAUCGACGACGAAGACGACGACGCGACGUUUAAACGGCAUCGCGUCGACGAUGAGGAACAUUGUGCGACGACGACGACGACGAGCAAUGAGGAACCGUGGCAGCUGUACUACACACAGAACGACGAUGGUGACACGCAAUUGCACAUCGCAGUCAUACAGGGCUUCGUGGAGGCUGCGCUAUGCUUGAUAAGGAUGGCUCCUGACCCGUGCCUGCUGGACACCUUGAACGAUGACUGGCAAUCGCCCCUCUACCUGGCAGUGCUAACGCACCAGCCGCUGAUCGUCAGGCGACUUAUCCUGGCGGGCGCGGAUCCGUCUCUCAGGAAUUUACGCGGAGACACGGCUCUCCACCUGGCCUGCAGGAACGGAGAUAUCGCCUGUGCCAAAGCUCUCACGGACCCAUUAUCCCCGACGGAGAGGAACAAGCUGAUGCCCGGUCAGAUAGUACCAGCCUUGCCUCAGAAUUUGGAGCAACGUAAUUAUAGCGGCGAGAUGUGCUUGCACGUGGCCGCCGCCAAAGGAUACGUGGAUCUGGUGCGACUCCUGUUACGUUUGGGCGCCGAUCUCAGGGCAAAGGAGGGCCUGGCGGGAUACACGGCGCUUCAUCUCGCAGUGGAGCACAAGUACUGGCCGUUGUUUGUUCUUCUAUUGCCGGAAUACCGACGCGCGUCAUGUUUAGACGAGCAAACGUACGGCGGUAGAACAGCUUAUCAAUUGACCCUGGAUAUCAACGGUGAGUUUGCCAGGAAGGCACGCAGGGAGUUGAUGCGGCACGGCGCGAUGCCAGAACCACUACCGGAAUCGGAUUCCGAAAGCAGCGAAGACGAGGAGAUGACGAGGACAUCGUGGACGGCAAGUUAUUUGCCCGUGCAAAACGCGGUCGGAGUAACAGUCUAAAGUACUUAUCGAUAUCUAAUUUAUCAAUUAAUGUGCUAAAUAAUUGCCGAAUGAAAAGAUAAAAAGAUACUGUGCGUACUACGGGCACAUGCAUGAAAAACGUAUCUCGAAUCACAUCGGCGUGACUAUGACGUCAUUUUAAUCUAUCGGCCGAAUUGAUACAAUCGGAGAAUUGCAGUGAAUAAAGUUUUUCGGACGACAAAGAGAUAAAAGUUGCGUUUUAUAUUUUCCACUGCGCCUACUUAAUAAAUAAAUUUCUCGAGCUUUAACGCAUUUACGAAAUUAUCUUAAUUAACGAGAUGAAUUUAAAUGAAUAGUUAAAUGAAAACCGUAUUUUGCGAAAACAAACUUGCGAUUUGAAUUAGAUGACGCGCUGGACGAUGUCGUGUUAAUAUUAAAUUUAUUGAGGUAAGUAAUUAGAACAAAAUUGUUAAAAUUUAUAAGGAAACAAAAAUUGCGUUUGACGCUAAUAACCUUAAUGUAUAUGACGCACGAAUAAAAGGUCGAUGUUUAAUUUUGAUGCGCCUAUGACGCCGUCUUAAUCUGCUGGAUGGAUUAAGAUCUCUAGUAAAAAAAAAUGAAAAGGUUAUCAGUUAAGUAUAGAUAAGGAGUAGAAUUUCUCGAGAUUAGCUAAUAUGUAUUAUAUCUAAAUGCGCCACUCAUAGAGAUAUGUCUAUAUGAGUUGACGAGUAUUACUAUUGUAAUACAAUUAUAGACUGCAUAUGCUUUUUGAAUCGACACUGGCAGAUGUGAGGGAUGAGUGACGAACGAGAAUAACAGACGCAUGGGAAUCGAAGAUCUCAGAAACGAACUUCUACGCGAUUAACGAAACAUUCGAUUACGAACGAGGCGACGACACGUAUAGACGCGGAUUGUCUUAGCCGUCAUUAGUUUUUCCCAUAGUAAUCUUUCAUAGCGAAUAGGCAUGCAACAUCUCGAGAUGUGAAGAGUGUUCUAAAAAAGGCUGUACAAAUAAUACAAAGGACAAAUAUAUAUUUUAACGCAAAUUGCGUACAGUGUUUGUGAGCGAAAGAGUAGUGCGACAGCACUAGAAUGUGUGACGAUGCGAAAGUGGAAUAGUUGCGCUUAUCUACGUGAUACUUUAUGAUGUAAAUAGAAAAAUACGUCCGCGUUCGACGAUAUGAAUACUCGUGAAGAAGGGUCUUGUUAUAAGUUGUAAAGUCGAUGCGCGAAGCAGAAUACAUAUUACAGCGAAGAUAAAUAAUCAAAUUCACAUUCUCGUGUACGGUUCGUGUAACCGCACGCAAUGUACAUGCAUAUUUAUAUAGCGUAUCGAAAAAGGUCCAGAACAAUGCGAUGUUUGUCGACGAUGAAUAUUAAUCGAAUCAAUGUUCAUUGUAGUAGCAUACAAUUGCUUCCAUCGUUAUAUAAUAACUCCCCUUAUCUCUUCGUGUACAUAGACAUCUCCAUUAGAAUCAUAAGUAUAUCAUUGUCGCGAUAUAUUAUUAAAAGUAACAACGACGAGAUCUAUUAUAUCAUUAUUGUUAUAUUCGUAUAAUAAAAACUGUAAUUAUUUUUAAUAAAAAAAGAUGUUAUAAAAAA